UCAGCACCAGCCAGGAAAAUAAAUCCUUCAUUCAUUGGGGCUAUUUCUUGUCAUCGUAGAGAAUUUCAUACUUCAGGUGAGUGUACGAUACAAGCUCUCAGUCAUCCACGUGUGAUCCGGUUGCCGCUUAAUUGCAUGCAAUAUUCUGUAGCAUUUCAUUAAGGUUAGCUUACGCAGGGUAACAGCAAUAUAUAUCGACUUUUUAUCGAGGUUUUAAGCUUUUCGGCUUGUUGAGUUUUAUUAUUUCUUUCACAACUUUAACAAGACUUGGACUAUUUAAAUAAUCAAAUAUUAUUGAAGUGUUAUGCAAGCGUAAUAUUAAUUAAUUAUUAGGAAUAUGACAAGCUUGAAAAUAAUUUUUUGAAAAUGUCCUCCACCAAACUUCACCUUCCUUUAAAAGAUCUUUUUCUAAACAACCAGAACGCAGUACUGGUUAGUGAAGAUCACGACAAAAUAUCUUUGCCAAAUGGCUUGCUGUCGUCUUCUUUCUGCCAUCCUGCAACGUAAGCUCACUAUUGUGAGGUAUGAAUAACAGGGAUGGCCCAGACCCAUUGAUAUAUGACACUGACUUAUUAUAUAAAUACCAAUGAAAUACCAGGCGAGCUUUCGUACGAAAAAUUGAUAUCUUCACAUCUAAAAAUAACAUGUUAUCUUCACAUGUGAAAAUAUCACCAUUGCUAUGGCUUCAUAAUAAAUUGCACCUUUCACACCAAAAAACUAUGAAAGUGAAAUGGUUUGGUUGUUCAUUGGUCUUUAUGUAAUAAAUAGAACAUUACAUGGCCGCUUGGAGAUAGGAAAUUUCUCUUCUCGUGUUGAUAAAAAUAUUUCACUCAUUCACGGGGCUCACUCGUGUAAUAUUUUUCAACAAUCAAAGAGAAAUUUCGUAUCUCUGCAGGGCCAUGUGAUAUCCUCUAUUUAUGUCCUCAGUGUUUUGGUCUCUGAGGCGCAGAUGUUUCUCCUGGCAAAAUGUCCCUAGACUAAAACCCUUCAAAUUUUUAAAAGUUGUUCAUAUUGGCUGCACAGGUUAUCACUUGUCCGAUGAACAAAGACCCUGGCAAAUCUUCUUUUAACUAAAUCAUAAAAGUUAGACAAGGAUGGAAUGACACUGGCAAGGAAAAAUUCAUCGCUGCUUGUAAAAGUGGAUUGAAUACUUUUGUUUUGCUAUCUGUAGAUUCAACUUACAGAAAAGAUUACUACAAAACUCUUGGAGUCCCACCAAAUGCUGACCAAAAAGAAAUUAAAAAAGCUUACUUCAAUGUAAGUACAUUGUACUCAAAGUAGCCCUUUCUAUCAUGUUUAUUCUUCCAUUCUUCCAUUGUCUGGUGUUUGGACAGAAAUUCCAUCUGUGAUGAUCUCCAGCAGGGCUCAUUUGAGAUGAUGAAGGUGUAACAUAAAUUUUUGUAACUGUUUUUCUGUUGAAUCAGUUAGCCAAACAAUACCAUCCAGAUACAAACAAAUCUGCUGGUGCUGCUGAAAAGUUCCAGGAAAUAAGUGAGGCCUAUGAGGUAUGUUUUGUUGUUGUUUUUUUUUCUCAGUUCCAAAAGAUAGUUUUGUAUCUUUCUGCCCCUCCCCCCUCUCCACCCAUGAAGGAAACUACAGUACAUGAAGUUGAACUGGGUACCUUGUCCAUGGACCUAUCUUCAGACUACACCCUUUACUGACUCCACUUUAUUGUCAGUCCCCUAGCUUUAGCACAUCCACCUUUCUAGUAAAACAUAACUACUUUCUUUUUCCAUUAGGUUCUUAGUGACGAUGAGAAGAGGAGAUCAUAUGAUAAUUUUGGAACAGCAGAUUUUGCUGGAGCGGCAGGUAUGACUGUCAACUUGGAAUUCACUUAUUGCAACAGCAAUGAUUUUGCACAGGAGACUGCUCAGUCAAGAAGUCUUAAAAAGUGCUAUUACCUUGUGAUAUUAUUGUCAUUGCUUUUGUAGUUGUCAGUGAUUUUUUUACCUCUGAGUCCUGUGUCCCUGAUGCAUAAAAAUCCCCAAAGACAAAGAUUAUUCAUGGCAUACAUCCCAUAGGAUGCAAAGAUUGAUCAAUCAAUCGGAGCAAGUGUAUUUGAAGAAAGAGAGUCAGUUUUAGACUUUUUGCUUCAGGGCUUCCACUACAAAAAUAAAAUUUUAACCAUUUUACAUGAACUCCAAGUUAGUGCUGCUUUAAUACAAGUAUCAGCUUGAAAAAAAAAUAAUCUUGUUUGUUUUAAUAAUUAUUAUCGAUAAAAAUAAAUAUGAAUCUCCAAAAGAUUGUAUCUGCCCGUUAUUGUUUAUGCCACUUACCGGUAACUAGAGGCUCCUCAAUAGAUAGAUAGUAACAGCUGAACAUGUAACAUUUUUAUUCAAAUUAUGAAUUAUUGUUUGUCAGGUGGUGGUAACCCUUUUGGUGCCCGAAGUCCAUUUGGGCAAAAUAUUGAUCCAGAGGACAUCUUAAAAUCCUUUUUUGGUGAACGGGGAAGUCCAUUUGGGUUUGGAACCAGCAGUGGAGGUUUUGAAGACUUUAAUCAAGUACAACAGGUACAUAAAAUAAACUGGGCAUCUUAAGCAAUGAUGAUGGCAACGGCAAUGCAGAACUGAAAAAACACAUAAGUUGAAAUAAGCAAAACAACAACUUUACUCGUGAUCACACUUUAUUGUACAUUUCCUUGCCAUCACUGCAUGACUCCAACAUGAAAAUCCCUGAUGUCACAUUUUGUGGAGAACAUAAACACAAAGAAAAGACUUUAUUUUCGUUUUUCUGAAGUUUGAUACAGUCCUUUAGAAUUCAACUCCAGAAAAAUUUGCCAAAGUUUGACAAAUUAAACAAGAUGGAAUAAGAGCAUUAAAGUUUGAAGCAGCACAAAUUCACUUUUUAAGUGACAUUUUUGUAGACAUUGCUACAAAAACGUCACUACAACAACAUCGCCGUUGUUGUUUAAGCUCCAUAAUUAUUGUAAUAAUUGUACCAUGUGAAAAGUAGUGUCUCAAAAUUUCUUCUCUACCAAAGUGCGCUGGAGUCAAGAUACAUGUAGUUGUAGUUAUUUUGUAACAACAAAUAUUAUUCGCACUUCACUGUUGACAAUUGCGAAUGAUGCUUUGUUUUCCUUCUUUAGUAUGUGUUGAACCUGUCAUUCAUGGAAGCAGCCAAAGGUUGCAACAAAGACAUAACAGCAAGAACACAAGUGAUAUGUGAUAGAUGUGAUGGAAAACGGGCAGAACCUGGGACAACUUAUUCUACAUGUUCCACGUGUAAAGGAACUGGACAGGUACUGAUCUUUUUUUUUUAUGCACAAACUGACAGUGUGGACACUCAGACCAGGUCACUUGGAAGAAGAUUGCCCAGUCACAACAUUUUCUGAAACAAAUGAUUUUCAAGUUUUUUGCAAACAGACCAAUAAAAUUCAUAAAUUGCAAAGGGUUUGAAAGUUUUCAACAAUUAUGUAGUUGAGCCUUGAAUGUAAUUGGUCAGUUUACAAAAAAAAAACUUGAGGGUCUUUUGUUUCCAGAAAACAUUGUGAUGGGACAAUCUUCUUCUAAAGUGUCCCAGUUUGAGUGUCCACACUGUAACAUUGUAGUUAUCAAAAGUCAGAACUGGUCUACUGGACUAGUAUGGUUUUUGGUGAGUUUUCAGUAGAAACCCUUUGCUGCAGUAUGAUAAUUUUUAUUGUACUAAUACCAAGUUAUAGUCUGGUCUGGCUUUACAGUCCUGGACCAGGUUGUUCAACACUGGAUUAAGAUAACCCAGGGUAUAUAUAUAAAAGUUUUAAUUAGCAAAUUCAGAUUUAAUUCCUUUAGUCUAUAAUUUGAUGAUUGGGUGCUGUUAGAAAAGUGAAAGAAAACUGGAAUAAAACCCCUGAUUAGCAGUAAAAUUCCUGUUAGGCCUGGCAAUUGGUCUGGUCUAGCCAGCGGUGCAGUCCUUAGAAAUGGUAAUUACUGUUCUUAGUUUGACACUGUCCUUCACUUUUUUGACCUAAAUAAUAAAUCACAGCAAUUGAAUAAUGUAAAGAAAACAUUGUUUCAGUCUGCGUGGGAGUAAGGAACAGAUGCCCGCUGGGCUGAAUUGGCUGUCUUUCAUUGAAGAUUAGGCGCUUAGAUUUUCAUAGUUGUUUGGUUAAGUUUGGACCCCAACUACAGUGACCACAACAGGAAAGUGCAAAUACCACCUUUUUUAAUUGUAACUUGCUGUAGUAAAGCAUGUGAUUUUUUUGUCUCAGAAAAGGUACAUGCCCUUACUUGCCAGCUUGUUAGUAACUGUAUCCAUGUUGAUAGUUUUCUCAUGUAUCCACAUUGGUUUUCAACCGCAGGAAACAGUAAACACGGGUUUCUUUCACAUGAGGUCAACAUGUCGGCGAUGUGGUGGACAAGGUCAUAUUAUAAGCACACCUUGUAAAAAGUGCCGCGGGAAAGGAAGAGUUACUGAAACCAAAACCGUUACUAUCCCUGUUCCAGCAGGUGCUGUACAAGCUGUAUUAAUUUUAUCAUAUUAUAUAGUGUUGGCGAACUUUAGAAUUUGAAGCCUACAUAGUAGGCAUUCCUACAGUGUAAGAGUUUGUUGCAAAGAAUUGUCAUAAGAGAGAAGAAAACAGGAAGAAGGUGGCGGGGAGAACAACACUUUCUCACCUUGCCAAUCAGAGGCUUCAUUUGUGGGCAAACACAUUUUUCGAAAUUGUUUCCUUUGCAGGCAAGUGUGUGUGAUAUAUUUCCUACAAAGACAAGUUUUUGUUUAGCCUUGGGAGACCCUCAAUAGAUUUUGCUUAUUAUUAUUAACACAGACACCCUGCCAAAGUACUUAUUCCUUUGGAUGUUUUUAACAUCAGUUUUAUCCAAAUCUAUAGGAGUUGAGGAUGGUCAAAUGGUCAGAGUACCUGUAGAGGCUGGAGAACUGUAUGUAACAUUUAGGGUAAGUAAAAAAGCCAUAAUUUUGCACCUGACACCUGUAAGUGAAUUACAGUCUCCUCCUGAUACAGACUCAAACGUUCUAUGUUGAGUUAGGUGUAUUGUAAUUAUAAAGGGCUUGUUGUUGUCAGUUUGGAAUUUGGAUUCAUGUCCUGUGUCGUCCGCUGUCACCAUGUUUCACCAUGGUAAAAAAAAUUAGAUUAAGUAAAGAAUAUUGUUGCAUGAUUUAUAUUGAAGAGCUUUUCUCUGUUAUAUUGGGAUUUCAGGUCAGUGAGAGUAAGAUAUUUGAAAGAGAUGGUCCAAACGUUUCCUCUUCAGUCACCAUCAGUUUUACGCAGGUAACAUUUUUCUCUUAACAGUAAGUCCCUACAAAGUUUGUGUGUGUACAGUAUAACUAUAUACAUGAGUUCUUUAGGUACCGUAGAAUUCCGAUAACAACGGGCCCGCGGAAAAUAACGGUUACCCGAAAUUAACGUUCCCCCUUUCUUGCUUGUAUGAACUUUUCUUGAGAACUAGUAGCCUUCCAGAUUUAAAACGUCAUUGAAAGAGAAACUGUCUGCCCUCAAGCGUAAUUCGGAUGGAACAGCCUGAGUGUAGGAUUACUGUAAUCAAACUACAGAAUCAUUUGUGAUUUUAUUCUAAGCUUAACUGAAUUCUGUUUGAAACACACAUAGGGGUAUAAAAACAGAUAAAAGUUGUACGUGUCAUCACACUUGUCAUAUAAUACGAACAAUAUUUUCGACGUAUGGUAUACGAAGAUUUGAGCCUUUUUUGUUACAGUUUACUUUGUUUACAUGGAUAAUGAACACCGUAACCAGCAUGCAACCUGAAUGACCUUUUGAUGUCUGUUAUGUGUCCUCUUUGUGUAAAGCCACUGCUUAAUUUCAAAAGUUUUCUAACCAUCCGAAAGUAACGGCUACUCGAUAGUAACGGCCCCUUUGGCCUGCUAAAUCCGAAAAUAACGGGGGCCGUUAUUAUCGGAAUUCUACGGUAAUGCUACGUUAGGCCUCAUCCAGAUUCCAGGCAUUUUUUAUUAGAUUUCUUAGGAUGCCAUGCUACUUACUGUAGUUGACUACGUAAAUGUUAUUGUUGAUUGUGCUCCCUGACUGAUGUAUGUGUUUUAUGACAGGCUAUUCUUGGCGGAACAAUCCGCGCUCCUGGGAUCCACGGAGAGAUUGAACUUAAGAUUCCCCCUGGAACACAGUCCCAUCAGAAGCUGCGACUCUCAGGGCGUGGCAUCCCAAGAUUAAAUGGCAUGGGUAAAGGGGAUCAUUUUGUCAAUUUUAAAAUACACAUACCCAAGUAAGUUGAACGUACUGUAUCAGGACUUUACUGUGGUUAAGACUGUAGGCCAUUUCCAGGAUGUCCCAAGCCUCUGUUUCAAAGCGAGGCUAAGUGCAAAGCCAUUGGUAUAAAAAUGAUUUUUUGUUCUCAUGCAAAUAAAGCACAUUUCCAUCAGAAGUUUUGCACUUAGCCUGGUGAGAGUGAGAAUUUUGGGAACUCAAAAUCGGCCUGAUAUUUAAUACAUUAUUUUAUGUAUAAAUUAUUCCUAAAUGUUACCAAGGGAGACUCAGAACUACAUGGAAACCGUCUGUUUUUUUUUUUUCAGUCUAUCGAUAAAAUCAAUAUUUAAGUAUGUACAGUCAACUCCCUUUAUAGCGGACACUGUAGGACCUUGAGUUAGUGUCUUCUGUAGCGAGAGACCGUAAUAGUGGGAGUUUAUUUCAGUCAAAUGUCUGUAAUUUAUUUUUGACCGAAAUUUAUCUGCUGUCCGUAUUAUUGGGGUGUCCGUUAUAGCGGGGUGUCCGCAAGGCGAGAGUUGACUGUACAUGUUUAAGUUCAUUAUCUUGUUUUGAAAAGAAAUAAUUCUACAGCGGAAAGAUUAUGAGUUACGGUGAAAUAUCUUAUCACAUAAAGCAAUUCCUUGUCUACACAUUAAACUUAUUUAUUUGUUUAUUUAUUUAUUUUAUUUUUUCAACUUUCUGAAAGAAUUUUUUUAAAAAAUAUGCUAUCAAAUUUGUGGUGCGGCUAUCAUACUCGUAUGGCACACUAGACAAUUUGCAUGUAUUUUUCUGCCUUGAAAUUUUCCCGUCCUGUUUUGAAAAUGACGUCUAUAAUUUUAUUGACUUUCUUCGGAGCGGUCGUUUGAGUUAAAUUUCUUACUGAUGAGUGCUGUUUGGUAAAUUUGUAAUAAGGUACUUAAAUGAGAGGCAAAAGGCGCUGAUUCUAGCAUACGCUGAGCUUGAAGAUGAUGUUAAUGGCACAGUAAACGGACUGGAGAAGUCCAGCAAAGGUGAGGGUGUUUAAAAUUCAUGGUGCCUGCAUGAUUGGAAAUAGCUGUUUAGUUCUUUUAUCUAUUUUUGAGCCAAAACAAAGGGAACCACUACCGUGUGAAAAGUUUCCAAAUGCGCCGGAUCCUAGUUACCUGUCAGUCUGUAACAUAAUUUUGUUUUAGUUCUAAUUUGUUUAAGAAUUUGUGAUGUUAAUGAGGAGAUAUUUUAAAAAGACCCUUAAGAGUGUUUCAUCCCUUAUCGUGGGGCCCGCAUCUUUGAAAGAAAUAAGCUCCGAGAUACGGUUUUACAGGUAACAACACCAAUUGAUACUCAGUAAAUAAGAAGGAAAUUGUACUCCGGAUAUGCGUUAAUCGGCCUUUUCAGAUAGCUCUGUCUUAAGAAUCUGAUUAAGAAUCAGUUCAACCCAGAUAUUUAACAGCCCCCUAUUUUUCGUGAGAUUGUUGAGGUCGAUUGCCGAAGGGUAAAAAUUCCCCUUGGACCCGGGCCCGGAUGGGAGGGGGGCGGUUGAAGACCAUCUAAUCCCCUCCCGUGGGGGGCUGAUUAGUGCUGUUCCAAGGUUUUGUCCAUCACAGGAAAUAAAUACAGCGGCCUCCAAACUCGGCGGUCGACCUCGGUUAUCAGACAGAAAAAUAUGGGGCCAUGGACAGUCUAUUGCCAACUCCUCUGAAUAAGUUUUUCAAUAACAGAUGAAACACACCUUCUCGUGUUGUAUGUAUACCUUUAGUCCAUGCUAUUCACAUCCCUGCCUUUAGUAACAAACGCAGGUAAAUAAAGACAAUUUGAUGGCAUUGCGUGAUAAUCUAUCUAUCCCUCACACAGACGCUACUACUAGCCGCGACUGGCAGGCUUAUGAAACACCCAAAGGCGAAAAUAUCUCCAAAAAGAUCGAGUCUGAAGAAGUUGUUGAAAAGAAACGUCCUUUCGGUCGCUUUAGACCUGACGGUUCGUGGGACGAUGAGGACGAAGAAGCGAAAGCAAAACAGACCAAAUUAGCCGUUAUGAGAUUUAUAAUGGUCACUUCCAGUGUUGUCGCGGUCUACUUGUUGUUGAACUUUUAUUUUUUUACGCUGAACGCCCGAGAGGAUGUCACUGAAAAAGAACAGUUUAGAACAAUAACUAAUUUUGAAGGCGGUUGUGGUGCUAGUUAA